AAGCCGAACAAGCCGUAGGCCAGUAAGAUAUAGCCAAGGCACAGUCGUCUGCAAAUCAACUACAAUCCCGCUAACUUCGGACAUGGUCGAUUUCAGCUUAGUGGCCGACGGUUCUCCAUGUGGAUCAAGCUCGCUUUGUGUCAGAUCAAAUUGCACAUCGAUAAGUUCACUUGGCACUACACCAUGUCCAUCAAGUCGUGGUAGGGUGUGUGCAGGAAAUGGUGUGUGCACAACUCUCAACUCGUGCUUGUGUAACCGUGGCUGGACAGGUGCUGACUGCUCACGUGCAACUAGUGGUGCUGUUAAUGGUCGGUGGGGUCCUUGGACAGUGUGGUCAGGCUGCUCCCAAUCCUGUGGUACAAGUGGUAUAAGGACACGCACCCGGGACUGUGAUAAUCCUCCGCCAAGUAAUGGUGGUACGGUAUGCCGUGGUGCAACUAGUGACCGGCAAACAUGCAACCGUGUUCAAUGUGCCACACCUGUCAAUGGUAACUGGGAAAAAUGGAGUGCAUGGUCUAGAUGUUCGGCUACAUGCGGAGCUGGAACUCGUUCUCGUCAACGUACAUGCAACAACCCAUCACCAUCUAAUGGUGGAUCACAAUGUUCUGGUAGAAGUACCGAGAGGCAAAGAUGUCAUAAUCGAGCUUGUCCUGUAAAUGGUGGAUGGAGUCCUUGGACAGUGUCAACGCCAUGCUCCCAGACCUGUGGCACACGUGGUGUAAGGAAACGCACUCGGGUUUGUAAUAAUCCUACGCCAAGAAAUGCUGGUAGGAAUUGCGAUGGUGGAACUAGUCACUGGCAAGCAUGCAACCUUGUUCCAUGUCCCACACUCGUCAAUGGUAACUGGGCACGAUGGAGUGCAUGGUCUGGAUGUUCGGCUACAUGUGGAGGUGGAACUCGUUCUCGUCAACGUACAUGCAACAACCCAUCACCAUCUAAUGGUGGAUCACAAUGUUCUGGUAGAAGUACCGAGAGGCAAAGAUGUCAUAAUCGAGCUUGCCCUGUGGAUGGUGAAUGGAGUGGUUGGACAGUGCGGACACCCUGCUCCCAGACCUGUGGCACACGUGGUGUAAAGACACUAACUCGGACCUGUAACAAUCCUACGCCAAGUAAUGGUGGCAACGUAUGUCGUGGUACACAUAUCAACCGGCAAACAUGCAACCUUGCUCGAUGUGCCACACCUGUCAAUAGUAACUGGGCACGAUGGGGUUCAUGGUCUGGGUGUUCGGCUACAUGCGGAGGUGGAACUCGUUCUCGUCAACGUACGUGCAACAACCCAUCAACAUCUAAUGGUGGAUCACGAUGUUCUGGUCGUGGUCGAGCUUCACAGCAAUGUAACACUGCAGCCUGUCCAACAUGGGGACCAUGGGGCUCGUUCAGGCCAUGUACCAGGUCGUGUGGUGGAGGUGUUCGUGUUCGUUCUCGCUCGUGUCCGUUAUCUGCUACAUGCUCUGGUUUGGCUACUACUUCUGUUCCAUGCAAUACCCGUGCAUGUGGACCUGCUCCUGUUGACGGUGGCUGGUCAGCAUGGUCCGGCUUCUCUCCAUGUUCCGCUACUUGCGGCCUUGGCUCUAAGGUGCAAACCCGUUAUUGCAACCAGCCAUCGCCAACCAACGGCGGCAGGAGCUGCAGGCCUGAUAGUUUGGCAGUGGAAACCAACUCUAUCCGCUGCCAGAGACCUUCCUGUUCUCAAUGGAAUAUCUGGGGAACCUGGUCAGGCUGCUCCCUUACCUGUGGUAUUGGUGUACGUGUGCGCAUGAGAACAUGUCCGGUUGCUAACAAUUGCCCAGGAUCAGCCACAGACACUGAUAGCUGUAACGUAUUAGCAUGUGAUAUGUCCAUAGCUGGUCAGUGGACACAGUGGACAGGCUGGAGUCAAGUAGGUACUUGUUAUGGCUGUCCACGAGGUAGCUACAGGCAAAGGACUCGCAACUGCAUAAGUCCGAAGCCAAUGGAAGGAGCUGCUCAGUGCUCGGGUGUAAGGGAACAGCGCGAAUCAUGUCCUGCGUGCCAAGACGGUGGUCUCAGUGACUGGUCAGAAUGGCGUGGAAACUGCGAUGAAGAACAUAGCCAGAGUCGAGUGCGAGCAUGCACCAGCCCACCGCCGACUAAUGGUGGACUCAACUGCUCCGGCCCAACAACUGAUGAGCGCAUCUGUGCCAGGUUCUUGCCAUGGAGCGAAUGGGCUGAUAGUGGUAAUUGUUCACUAUGUGGUGAAGAUCCGGUAAACAACGUUCAAGUUCGCCAUCGUCAAUGUAACACAACUCGGAUUGCCCCAUGCACAGGUGACUUGAAUGAGACGAGUACAUGUCCCCAGUGUGCUACUUCAAAUGCGGAAGCAGGUCUCACCAGUUCGAGCAUUGCUGGCCUAGUGUUGGCUCUCCUCAUUCUCGCCACACUACUGGUUGUGGCCUUUGUUUGGCGCGACCAAUUGCCCGCCAGUAUUGAGUUUCUUGGGCAGACGUGGAGGACACAAGCACGCGUGCCGAGGCGUAAAUUAUGAGCACUUCUUGUCGCUGCGACAGGACGUGCGUGGCGACCUGCCUAUUCCAAUCUGUGUGUGCGCUGGUCACAAACAGGCCACACUACACUGUCCUCACGCCGCAAUGAGCAAUGAUGGUCACAAUGGGGUAACAUUGAACUCAACAGGGUUUAUUUUCCAAUUCCAGCCGGGAGUACAAUUCUUAACAAGUACCAAAAUAUUUCAAGCUGAUGUUUGCAGUAUUCAGUGUUCAGAUGAACAUUCUUUGUAUCGCCGACAAUAUGCCACUCUCGAUCCUCCCUCCCUACAGUCUCGGUCUUAACUUGCAAAGACAUUUUGUUUAUGUUUUCUGCAAUAAUUUGUGAUAAUGAAUAAUUGAACCUUCUCAAUAUUUUGUCCCUAUUGCCAUGUAGCGUAUCCACAUAGCAUGGUCCCCACUCUGUUUCUUUCUUCCUGUCAGAGAAAUCUCUGGAUUUAUUUGAGUUGAAAAUUUGGAUCAAACUAACUGGUAGUGCUCCUGCAGUGUGAUUGG